AAUUUUUAGGGUAAAAAGCAUUUUACCCCCUGGACUUUGGGGUGUUUUGCACGGUGCCCCCCCAGCUUACACAAUUUGCACGUUUUUACCUGAACUUAUGUAGUUGUUUAACGGCGCCCCUUAAGUGUCUAUUUUUGAAAAAAAAUAGCCGGAAUUUCACACACGUGCUUUGCACGUGUGAAUCCAGGGACAUGUAAGUCUUUUCUCAUCACCAUUAACCUUCGUUAACCCUUACCCAGCAACACUUGUUAUUUUCCCGCACUAAAUAGUCUGUUCACCCUUCUACACUUCUGUCUUUCCCCUUCUGAAAAUCUAGGGUUUUCAUUCCACAAGAAAUUAUUCAUUUUGAACACAAUUGUCUACAUUGUUUAUCAGCAACAUGGUUUGGAAGUUAAGGGCUGAUGGAGACGGCCCCCCAGAUUACGGGUCUAAUUCUGAUCAUUUCACAAUCCGAAUGCACCACUCCGGUAAACUAUUGAACUUAGGUUCAAUUUGCUACUUAAGUGGAUCUGUUAAUUACUUUGACUUUUGCUCAGAAGAUGAAAUCUCCAUGUUAGAAAUUGUUGCAAUGUCCAAGGAGUUGGGGUUAAUUGAUAUUUUUGGAUUUUAUCACAGUAGAGGUAGGCUGAAUGACUAUAGUGAGUUGGUCUUAAUGGAUGAUGAUCAUGAUGCCAUGAAUUUGGUGAAUUUUAUUGAUGAAGAAAGAGUCACUGUCAUUUAUGUCAGACAUAUAGAAUUGGAUGAUUAUGAAAAUAAGUCUAUUGAGAGUGAAGGAUCAGUUGAUAAAUUAGUGGAUCAGUAUCCAUUUGAUGAUGAAGAAACCGGGUAUAUUGGUGAUGCUGAUGAUGAAAAUAUCCAACCCAACGAAGGCACUGAACCAGUUGAUGAGUCUGAUGAUGAGGUUAAUGAACCUGUUGGUGAGAACCACACUGAGUUUGAUUCUUUUUUGGAUGAUCUGCUGGUUAAUGAUGGUGGUUUGAUGGAUAUGAGGGACAGUGGGGGUAGUGAUGUGCAGUCUGUGGGGGAUGAUUCAGAUCUUUCAGAUUUCUUGGCUGAUAGUGAAUAUUUUGAUUCUCAAGAUGAUGUGAGCUUCUAUGAAAAUAUUGAUAUUGGAGUUGAAUGGGGUGGAUUUAGAGAGCCAACAGUGAAUGUCCCUAGAAAAUCUGAGAGGUUAAACAAGGGAAAACAACCUGUUGUUGAGAAGCCUAAAAAAAUUGAGGCAACACACAACAACUUCCCUGUGUUUAACCCAAAAUUAGAUAUGGAUGACCCUCACUUUGAGCUAGGUUUAUGCUUUCCUGAUGCAGACACUUUCAGAGCUGCUAUUAAACAACACUCAAGAGUACAUGGUAGGGAUUUAAAAUACAAGAAGAAUGAUAAGGAUAAAGUGCGAGCAAUAUGUAAGCAUAAAGGCUGUCCUUGGAUGAUAUAUGCAUCACAAAUUAGAGGUGAACUUACCUUGCAAGUCAAAACCAUACAUUCAGUUCAUGAGUGCACUAGAAAGGAGAAGGUAACAGCUGCAACUUCUAAUUGGCUGGCUUCCAAAUAUCAAGACAAGCUGAGGACAGACCCAAAUUGGCCAAUCAAUUCAAUGAUGGUUGCUGCUAAAAAAGAGUGCAAACUGUUGUUUAGCACUCAUCAGAUGUAUAGGGCAACAAAGAGGGCAAAUGAGUUGAAUAGAGGAACACAUGUUGAGCAAUAUGGUUUAAUUUGGAGGUACGCAGAAGAAAUUAGAAGAACUAAUCCUGGCACUACAAUUAAAAUCAAAACCAAGCCUGCAGGGGAAGAUUUGAGAUUCAAAAGGAUAUAUAUCUGUUGGGGGGCUUUGAAGAGAGGACUUAUGGAAGGCUGUAGAAGGAUGAUAUUUCUUGAUGGUUGUCAUUUGAAGUCUACCUAUGGGGGGAUACUCUUAUGUGCUGUGGGAAUUGAUGCCAAUAAUGGCAUGUAUCCUUUUGCAUAUGCUGUAGUUGAGAAAGAAAAGAAAGACUCAUGGACUUGGUUUGUUGAUUUACUGAAAACAGACUUAGAGAUAGGGGAAUCAGGGGGGUGGACCAUUAUGAGUGAUAAACAGAAGGGGCUAAUUGAUGCAGUUGAUUUGCUAAUGCCUAAUUGUGAACAUAGAUUCUGUGUGAUGCAUUUAUACUCCAAUUUCAAACUUUCACAUAGAGGUCUGGCAUUGAAAAACAUCUUAUGGCAAGCUGCAAGGGCUUCAAGGAUUGUAGAUUUUGAAAGAAUUAUGAGAGAUUUGGGUACUAAAGACAAAGCUGCAUUUCAGUGGCUUGCUAAAAGGCCAGCAGCUAAUUGGUCCAGGUCUUUUUUCUCCACAAACUCUAAAUGUGACACUUUAUUGAACAAUAUGUGUGAGAGUUUUAAUGCAAUACUUGUGAGAGCUAGAGGUAUGCCUAUAAUAGAUAUGCUGGAGGAUAUCAGGCUAAUAUUGAUGAAGAGACUUCAUGUGAGAAGGGAUAAAAUGUUGAAACACAAUGGAGACAUAUGCCCUGUGAUCCAAAAACGUUUGGAUUUUUUGAAGGAAAAGUCUAUGGAGUUCAUUGCACAUUGGAAUGGGCACAAUCAAUUUGAACUGGAGGGAUGUUAUGGUGACAGACUUAAGGUGAAUAUAGAUGAGAAAACAUGUAGUUGCAGGAGAUGGCAACUCAGUGGCAUUCCAUGUGCACAUGCCAUUUCAGCAAUGUAUUAUGAGCUAUACACCUGAAGAUUUUGUUGAAAACUGGUAUAAGAAAGAUACUUACUUGAAGGUGUACAGUCAUCUGAUGGAUGCAAUUGAGGGUAGUGAUGCUUGGCCAAGAUCUCAGAGGCAAAAAUUACUUCCUCCAGACAUUGAAAAGAUGCCUGGUAGACCAAAAUUGCACAAAAGAAAGUUGCAGCCCGGUGAAGUCAAUGGACCAAAAGAGAGGCAGACCCAAUCAUGCAAAACCAUUACAAAAAUUGGAAAAUUGGAAAGACAAGGAUUGAUAAUGACUUGUAGCCUUUGUCAUCAACAAAGACAUAAUGCUAGGGGCUGUCCCUUGAAGAAUGCUAGUGGACAACAGAGCAAUGCAAAAAAGGUAAAUUUAUUUGGUUUCAUUUAAUAUUUUCAAUUAUAUAUGUUAUUUUAAUUUCAUUAAUCUGAAAUAUCUCCACUAUGUUAAUGUAGAGAAAGGGAUCAGAAACACAUGGAGCUAUUCCAGUUGAAGCUCCAAUGCAAGAAAGCCAAAGUUCCAGAUCAUGCUCUGGCUUUGAAAUUCCCCCAGUAAGUAUUUGCUAUACAAAUUCUCAAUUAGUUAAUUCACUGUUAAUUUAUUUUUUGUGAUAUAUUCAGCCAAGUCAAGGUACAAUUGGUCCAAGUCAAGAUACAGUUCAUACAAGUUUCAGUGGAAUUAAACCACCAACAAGAAAGAAAUUACAAGUUACAAAAAAGGCAAGCAUGUUAUAUAAUCAGUAUUUGCUUCGCAUAUUUUAACUAUACUAUCUCUUAUAAUUAGUUUGUUGCUUUUUAUAUCUUAGAUUGCAGCAACAAUAGGGGGAACCAAGGCUGUGGAGAACAAGAUUGUUGGUAAGAAGAUGCCAGUGGGAAAGAAAAAGGCAAUGGAGAAGAAUAAAUAAGUGCAGAAGUUAAUCACUAAGGGCAAACUUUUUUUAUUUUGAAUGUUAUUAUCUUUUG